UGAACGCCUUCACCAGACACUCUCACAACAACAACAACUCUCCGAUCAUGUCCUUCGCCUCCUACUCCCCUCCCGAUUCCUGGUUUGAGCGUCUGCUCUCGUAGGAACUCUACGUAGCUCCUCCUCCUCACCCAGGCUGCGUGGCACUGAGGGUAAAUGAUGGACUUGGAUGUGUAAAGCUCUCACCAGCUGCUGGAACAAUGGCCAGCAAACGGGAUUUAAUUACUACAGUAGAAAGACAGAAAGAGCAGAUUUCCAAAUAUGAAACCAAAUUGAAAGAUGUUGUGAGAGCAUACAAAGGGUUGUUAAAAGAAAAGGAAGCCCUGGAAGUGAGCUUAUCUGCCUUAGCAGAUACUCAGAUUCAAAAGUCAGUUGCUGAGAAGCCAGAAGGUUCAGAAAAAGAGAUACACCCACAGGAUGGAGAAGAACCAACAGGAGAUCAUUCCAAAAGAGACGUCAAGGACACUGAAGAGCAGGCAAAUCCAACAGAAGUUACUGAAGAUUUAAAGAAAAAACUUGUUGCCUUGACAUCUGCCCUAAACAUACUGUCUUCGGAGAAAAGACGAAUUGAACUCUCUUUUCAAAAUGACAAGAAAAGGCUUUUGUCUGAGAAAGAAAAGUUGGAAAGGAGCUUGCAAGAAACAUUGGAUGCUAGAAAAGCAAAUGAAAUUAACAACGAGGAAAAAAUUCAAGAUUUGAGAAGUAGACUGAUUAUUGCCCAACACGAGCGUGAUCAAGAUACACAAAAUUCAGCCGUCAUGCUGAGGGAGUUAGAGAGCAAGCUGGCAGUAGAACGAAGCGCACGAGAACGAAUGGAGGCGUCACUUGAUGAGGCCAAGCAGCAGCUCCAACGUCCCACACCCCCCAUCGACCAGCGCCCUCAAGAACUUUAUGAAAAGAAAAUCAGCGAUUUGCAGAACGAAUUAGAGCAAGUUCGAUCUCGCUUGAAGAGAGCAGAGCAGCAGUCAGAGGAGCCUCCAAUAUUGCGGAAGAUUCAGGGACAGAUGGAGGAAAUGCGAACUCAGCAUAACCAAGCUCUCCAGCAAGAGCUUUGUCGUGCUGCUGCUGUGGAAGAAUCUGCAAGGGACUUGGCGAAAUGUCACGAGGAGAGAGUGGUAGCAUUAGAAGCUCGGCUGUCUGACUUGUCGGUCACUGUUGCUUCGUAUGACCGCACACGACAAGAAGACCUUCAUGCCAUUCAGAAAUUGAAGGAGAAAGUAUCGGAGCUGGCACAAGAGAACACUUAUCUUGCAUCGCGUUUAGAGCAAGACACGGAUAACAGUGAGACAGAUGUAAAUGCCCUCUGUCGUCGCUUAACCAAACUUCGCGACCAGCUGAUCAAUGCAAAUUUUCACUCAUCACAUCCUGUUGAUGUUGAAAGUAUGAGCCUUUUAUACGGAGGCGAGAACAUACACUCUCGGUGCCAGCAGGAGUACGACCACCUGAAGGAGGAAUUUGAAAACUACAAGAUUUCUUCCAAACAGCAGUCAAAAGCUGUCAAAGAACCAUCCUGUAAAGGAGACUGUGGAAAACAAAUAGAAGAAUUGCGACAGAAGAUCCGUAAUCUCACCUCGGCUGCUCAGCUUGCUGCAGACUCUCAUUCUCAGCAGGUGGCAUCACUUAGACAGGAGUUAUCAUCCUUAAGAACAUCUCAUGACAAUCAGUUGCGACGUGCAGAGAGUGAAAGCCGGGCAGUAGUAGCAGCUGUUGAGCAACAGCUGUCCAUGCAGCAACAGCGAUCACUUGCCACACUAAGUGAGCGGGAUUUAGAAAUUCAACGAUUAACUCAGCAGUUGCAUGAGCGAAACAAAUCUCCACCACAGAAUGGUGUUGGGAGCCUUGAAGCAACAGCAGCUCUGUUAUCCCAGGUCAGUGGUGGGAGUGAAGGUCCUCUCCUGCAUCACCUGGAAGAACUAGCACGUAAACACCAAGAAAUAUCUCAGUUGCGACGAGAAAAGCGACAGCUGGAGACAACUAUGAGAGAAGUGCAGAUGGCAGCACUUGUCAGGCAACAAGCUCACCAAGAUGCUAUUGAAGCACUAGAGGAGAAAGUUGAGAGACAUCGCAGAAAUGUUUCCAGAGAGGGUGAGAACUUGGAGUACUUGAAAAAUGUUGUCUUGCAGUAUAUGAUGAGCUCAGAUGCAGAGUCCCGCCAACUGAUGCUCAAUGCAAUAUCUAUUAUUCUCAAGUUCACCAGUUCAGAAGUAGAAAGUGUCAAAGCAUACAAUGCCCUGUGGUGGUGGCAGCCAGCUCCCAAGAACACUGUACCACACAAACCCACCUAUUGAUGCACUGCCUAUAGAAAUUUUUAACCAAGUAUAUUAUCAGCAGUGUAUUAUAUGGGACUAACAAGGUGAUUCGGGACAGAUAAUUCAUUACCAAGCUUAAAGGCCAGAGUUGUCACUAAGUUUUAAAACAUUUUGGUACCCUGUACAAGUAUAACUUUUUAAUGGUACAGUACCUUAUUUUUCUGAAAGUAUUGGCUAUAUAAAUUGGUAUUUUUCCAGACAAGUAUUUAUUAGUUUUAUAAUAACAAGAAAAGCUGAGAUUGUCAUGUUGGGGGGAGAUUUUUCUUUACUUUUUUUGAGAAAAAAAAGUUUAUAGUUAAUUUUUUGGGAGAAUUGGGGGGGGUGGGAGAAGGAGGAGCCUGCAGUAUUCCCGGUAACUAGGUGCAUCUCUAAGGAUUGACAGGAUAUGCACUAUGUCCCCAAGACCCACCUUUGUCUACUGGUAAAAAGAACUAGAUGUUUCACUACACUACAAAGUAGGGCUUCACUACACACACUACAGGUGUUUCUACCUUUAGGCAAGGGUGGGUCUAGGGAGCCUGGUGCAUCUCUUUAGGGCCUAGGUGGACAUGCAAUUGGUUACAUAGAACUACAAGAAAAUGGCAUUUCAUUUCAUUAAUAACCAUGGACACAAGGAAAUGUGUGGCAAGCUUGUCGGGUAAUAAGUAUACAGGUGUACUAUUUUUAGAAUGGAAAUAUAUACUGUACUGUAUAUAAGUGUUUAUGGGCUAUUUUUUUGGAUUUUUGUGGGUUGUACUACAUGGAAACCACUGGCCAAGUGUUAGGUACAUUGAAAAGUUUGCAAUGCACCACAUGUGUAAAUUGAAAUAAUUAUGUUUGAAGAAAAGAUCCAAUAGAUGUGUGUUACCAUAUUUUUGGAUGAAACCUACAUCUUUUAUGGCAUAACCAAUGUUCUCAACAAGAUUCUAAGUGCAUGAGUUUAUAUGUCUGGCAGAGCUCCUCAUGGGCUGUCCAUCACUAGAUGUCAUUAUGAUUGUGCUCCCCAGGGAUUUUCCCAAAAGUCCUGGUUUCUGGAGACAGGGUAUCACGGGAACAUUAUCCCCACUCUGAACAACACACGGGCUGUGCUUGUAUGAAUUAAUGAAGCUAAAUUAACUAAUCUCAUUAAGAAUAAUUGUAUGGUUAAUUGGAUCUACUUUACUAAUAUAUUUGAUCCCCUUUACUACCAAUAGAAUUUAUAAUUAUCCCUUCUAUUAGGUGUCUCUCUUUGAUAUUUGAGCAGUUAUAUAAAGUUCUAUUAUUAAAAUCCAUCCUCUAAUUGAAAUCCCAACAAUGCUUAGCUACAUCAUUUUUUCCUAUCAAAUUUUGCUGCUGCAUUUUUUUUUUUCGACUUUAUCAAUAACCCACGGCCAGUCUCUCCAUGUGAUAAAUUGCAAUUGUUGCAAUUUAUCUGUGCCCAGUGCACAGGUUUGAAUCCUUAUCACGGCUCCUACAGAUUUUCUCAAUAAUACAUAACAUUGGUGUGAUUUCUCUGUGUAAUAGCAGGAGUGGUACUAAUGACGGUAGUAAUGGAAAUGGGUAGAAGUAACAAUGGUAAUGUUGAUAAUGGUAAUAAUAAUAAAAACAAUAUAGGUAAUGGUGUUUGUGAUAAAUUGCAACAAUUGCAAUUUGUCAUAUGUUGGAGAGACUAAUAGUGCAUUAUUAAAAAAAAAGUUGAACACAAAAAUAGUUGUAACAAAACUUGAUAGAAAUAGUCAUUGCUAACCACUGUUGGGAUUUCAAUCAUAGGGUGUAUUUUAAUACAGCAAUUAUAGAAUUGUAUAUACCUGCUAAAAUAUCAGAGAUGCCUAAUAGAAGGGGUAUUUACAGAUUCUUAUAGACAGUAAAGCGCAACAAAUCUUUUGAUAAUGUAGCAACCUGUCCUCUUACAAAUUACGUUUGAAUUUGGCCGUUUGCCCGUACUUAUGGCCAAAAAUGGACAUAAUUUGAAAAUGAAACAAAAUUAAAAAUACUGUUUUGGAAAAAAAAAAAGUUAAGGGUCCUCUGGUAGGUUAGGAGGAAAGGAAAUUCUCCUAAAGUUUCGAAACGUCAUGGAAAAACGUUAAUUGAAUGUUUACUUUCCUAGCCUUACCGAGUAAGCCACAUAACGCAAACAGAAAACAGACCAGUACGUCACUUUCGUGAGCCGAUUUAAUUUCAAAUUACGUCCGUUUUUGGCCAUAGAACGCGUGCGAGCGAAAAGCAACAUUAUUUUUAAGAGGACGGAUUGAAUGUAGAUCCAAAUAACCAUCAAAUUAUUUUUAAUAUAGCUUCGUUAAGAAUAAUUUUACGGUUAUAAGCACAGACCUUGUGGCAUUCAGAGUGGGUAAGUUUCAGCAUCCCUGGGAAGCUUAAUCAUAACAUUUAAUAAUGGAUGCCACAUGAGGCAUUCUGCCUGACAUUUAAAUCCAUGCACUUAGAAUGUUGUUCAGAACAUUGUUUACACCACCUUGAUAAAGGAUGUAGGUUUCAUCCGAAAAUUUGGUAAUACACUUACACAUGUUCCGCAUAUUUCUUUACCUUAUUCAGACACUACGGUAUUGUAGUAAGUUUGUUCAAUGUUUGCAUUAUUUUAAAUAGGGUGAAGGGUGUAUCAUUCCUCAGCUUUAGAGUGAGAUUAUGCAGGCUCUGUAGGGGCCUUCAGCAUCCUGACACUGACUCAAGACUUAUUAAGAGUGAUGUUUCAUAAAGUGUAUAAAAUCUGUUUACAUGCUGUAUAGUGUUACUGUUAAAAUAAUUUCUGAAAAGUGUGUUCAUAUAUACACUUUUCCUUUUAAUGGUGUAUAUUUUCCUGCAAUUUCUCAAAGGGUAAUUGUAUUGUAUGAAUGUAAAUACUGUAUAUAUUACAGUAUGGCAAAAAAUGUAUGUUCACUUUAUGUAAACAGUACAGCCAUCUGAAUUUCAAAAUAUAAUACAGUAAUAAUAAUAAUAAUGCUUUAACUGGCAUAACUGUUGUUUAGUAUAAAAAAUUGAACUUUGAAAGACCAGAUGGAUAAAAGAAUGCAAAUAUUUUUAAUGCAAAAUUAGGCUUAAUUUUCCCAAUAGAUUUAUGAAAAUAUUAGAGAGUUCAUAUUUAUAAUAACGAUUUAUAUUUAUAUUAAAGGUAACUCUUGAGUAGCUAAGUAUGCUUCACUCAACUAUAAUUCUAUAAUUUUUCUUAGCAGAAACAGUAGAAGAAAAUAUAUAUUUAACUACUGUCUAACUCCCUUCUGUAACUCUUAUUAAAAUAUAUAAAAAUA